AUGACCUCUGGAGAAGAUUCUAGCACCCCCAGCUCUCUCACUUCUUCGAUUCCCGAUACACCGCAAACAAACGCAACUGGCACUCCUAACUAUCAGCUUCCUCGCAAAAAUGAUAAUACAACUCAAAUUACUCCUCCCACUCCCACCCCUACUAUCACUAGUAGUCAAACUUCUGCUAACCCCACCGAUGAAAAGAAGGAUCAAUUCAAUUCUUCCAUGUAUCAACAACAACCUGAAAAACAUCAUCUGCGACGACAAUGUGAAAAUAAACGUGAUAUUAUUAUUUCUCAAGAUCAACGUAUCGCUCAAUUACGUCAGCAAAUGGUUGACGUGCAGAAAGCUUUGAUUAGCACUCAGGCGAAUCUUCUCGUCGCGAAAGCAAACUCCAUCAAACAUACUCUUUCUGCUGCUGCAACCGUCGCCGCCGCAGUUCCCGCAGCUUCUGGUGCAGCGCCUACGAUGUUUCCUGCUUCCAGUGCUACCAUUAAGACGACUCAUCAACAUCAUCUUCAUCCGCAAAAUUAUUCGAAUGUCCAGCCUCCUAUCAAUCAGCAGCAAUAUUACAACAACCACCCUAGUCAUUUUGUUUCGUCCUUGUUCGGAAAUGAUGGUGGUAACGAAUCAGAAAUUAAACGAGGUGAUGGCAGUAACAAUAUCGCCACCGCGUUGAUUUCAAAUGCAUUGGCGAGUAAUAAACCAUUGGCAAAUAAUAAUUUUGUCGAUGGCGUUUCCAAUGGAUCCAGCAAUUCUUUAUUAGAUUCAUUGAAUGCAGCUUUUAGCAUGGCUCGUAUUAAUAACGAACAACAGCAACAAGAAGAUAUGAUGAAUCAAGGGAUUAAUCCUACCUCGACCACUAUUACCUCUACUCGCAAAUAUUCCGAGAAUCACAAGAAGCUUUAUCAAAGAUUCCCAUUCUAA